GGAGCGGCCCGCCAACCUGUCCGUUGCCUAAGGAUAUCCGUAAUCGGGAUCCUACGUAGGCGCCUAUCUACCGUCGGCUACCUUACGUUUUCAGCCUUGCUCAACACCGCUCCGUUAUGUAUUCUGUAGAGCAUGGUGGUAAGUGGCCUAUCCGGAUCCUUUCGCGUUCCUACUUUUGCUAGGUCAAGAGUCCGACGCCCUUCCCCCAUCCCAUACAGAGAAAAUAUGGAACAGUCUCGUGUCCACGGAUUUGCCGUCGUUGCUGGCGCUGCUGGGGGGAUAGGGAUGGAAGUUGCUUUUACUCUCGCGUCAGCUGGCGCUCGGGGUAUCCUGUUUGGGGACACCAACUAUGACGGGGUCGCCAACGCGGCUCGAGAGAGCAAAUCCCUAGCAUCAAACCCCACCUAUCAGGCUCUUUCCGUGAAGCUCAAUGUCACAGACCCGAGCUCUGUGAAGGCCAUGAUGGACCUCGCUGUCAAAGAAUUUGGCAGGAUUGACUAUUUUGUGAAUGCUGUUGGCGUCGACGUUGCCGAAUACGUCCCAUUUGAGGAGACAGCCGAUGAUGACUACGAUCGUGUGCUCGAAAUCAAUGCAAAGGGGUCUUACUUGUUGUCCAAGGCCGCCGUCAAGGUCAUGAAGGACCAAGAGCCCCUACAAGUCCACUUAGGACGGCACGGGAUCCGUGACGUUGGCCGCGGUGCUAUAGUCCACGUUUGCUCGGCCAUGGCCGUGGGCGCUGUCCCUUGGAAAGCACCCUACGUAGCAUCCAAGCACGCGAUGCUCGGUCUGACUCGAGCCUGUGCAAUGGAUUGCAAACCUUAUGACAUUCGAGUAAACCAGGUCUGCCCAGCGUGGACGAAAACGCCGAUGUAUGAAGAAGAUUGUAGAAGGUCCCCUUUGACACCGCAGGUCGUAGAGAGGCUAGCUGCGAGGAAGCGCCCAAUGGAAGCCUAUGAAGUGGCGGCCUCUUGUUUAUAUUUAUGUAGCCCCGGCGCCGUAUCAAUUACCGGCACUAGCAUAAUGAUGGAUUGUGGCGUUACAAUUGGACCGGUUCUAUAGAUCUAUAGCGCCUAAGAGGCUGAGGCACAACAGCAUCACCAUCUUAGGAAGAAGAAAAAAGAAUUAUAUGCGAGCGUUCAAGUGAUGCGGUUAUGUGAUGAUGCCUCAAAAGCUGCUGGC